CGAAACUUUCCUUUCACCCUCCCAAUCAUGUCUGAAAUAGUUUUUCCUCCCUUAGAUCCUUCUCUUUACGCUUUGACCGAAGGCGAAGCUGCAUUCUUCAAGGCAGAAACAGGAAUUCAAGAUGACGUUGAGUUGAAGAACCACAUCUUAGCUACCCAAGAGGCGGCAUACAAGAUUUUCCCUUAUCCUUGUAUUCGCAAUUUUAAUUUUCUCCGGCUGAAGAUAUCAAAGCACCCGUCUUACCAACAGUUCUUGAAGAUUGGAAAGGAACACCAGGGGGCUAUCUAUGCCGAAAUCGGAUGCUGCUUUGGAAAUGACGUCCGAAAGGCGGUCAUCGAUGGUUAUCCUGUUCAACAAGCCAUAACCACAGAUUUGUGCCCAGAAUUCUGGGAUCUUGGACACAAACUCUUCAAGAGCACCCCAGAAACCUUUCCAGCACGAUUUAUACCUACGGACAUAUUCGAGCUGAAGGGUUUGGUAAAGCAAAAGCAGCCUUUGGCGUCUGCUCCCGAGCUUUCCAAAGUCCAAUCUUUCGCAGAACUUUCUGGAAAUGUCUCUGUCAUUCAUGCUGCAUCUUUCUUCCACCUCUUUGAUGAAGAGAAGCAGUUCGAGCUUGCGAAGAUCAUGGCGGCUCUGCUGUCCUCUACUCCUGGGUCGAUGAUUUUUGGUUCUCAUGGGGGCAAUCCCGUCAAGGGUGUUCAUACCAAGACCUUCAGCGCCUGUACAGUGCCAAUGUUCUGUCAUUCUCCCGAAAGUUGGAAGGCACUCUGGGAUGGAGGUGUUUUUCCUGAGGGUACUGUCAAGGUUGACACCUUUUUGGAGGAAAUUGUAGCGAAGGAUUCCAGUACGAAUCUCUAUUUCCUCGUUUGGAGUGUCACGGUCUUGUAAAUGAAUAGGCUGUCAUGAAAGACCGUGUGGAUCGCUGUUAAUAUCCUCGACGUGAAUACAUCGUGAGCUGGGUAUCAUACGAGACGGCCUGUUACAGGUCUACCAUGUCUGUAAAUAUCAUAAAGGGCACCUUACUUGACUUCUUCCUCCUAUGUCUUACCGAUGCCAACAGCAGAAGCAGGAAUAUAAGUUCAAGCCAAGUGAGGUUCGUUGAUAACCGUUGUUUUCACUCAUACCAUACCGCCUGCAUCCAUAUAAUCGCUUAGAUAUACAAAGCAGUUCUCACUAUUAUGCCUAUGUCUAAAAUCGAUGCGCUACAGUAUUAAUUGGACGAGCUUCCAGGAAGACCGACGAACUUCC